GGUAACCAAAAGGAGCGUCGUCUCAAGGAGACGUAAUUACAGCUCUGCAGGUUAAAGCUAACGGCUCUGAAGAAAGAUAGGGGAGCAUCGCGGGUGUCCGGUUGGCACAAUCAGCGGUAUCCCUUUUGCGGAGGCAAAGCUAGGAGAAGAAGAGCCCACAAUAGUAGCUCGCUAGACCUUCUGAAGAAACAAAGACUACAAGUUUAGUUGGUAAUGGUGGAAGCCAAUGGUGGAGUAAGAAUGUCCGAAACAGAAGAGGAAGCAACGCCGAAAGUUAACAACACCAAAGUCGUGGAUGUUUCCAAGGCAGGACCGCCCUUGACGGCGGAUACCACUACGGACGACGCGGUAGACCUGGUGGCCACUUCGGGAGGCGUCCCCAAUGGAGAAUCGUCCAAUGGAUCCAAAGAAAAAGGCAGCAACAAGAGCACCACUGCAAGCAUCAGUACACCUGGUGGCACAGCUGCGCGAGGUGUUGGAAUGCGGAUUCAUGUGGAUACACCCAUCCCCAAUGCCGACCGAUGUCUCCGGAUUCUGCGCAAGUUCCUUCAUAAGACUCGUCCCAAGAUUGCCGCUGAGUAUGGAGGAACUAAGAGUGCUGGUCUGAUGCGAUUUUUCCGAAGCAGCUCCGUGAAGGAAGAUCCUACCUUUGUCCCUUAUGGCAAGCUCGUGAAAGAGCUGCUAGAGGGCGAAGAAGACAAUGACGAAGGUGACUUGACCGAUACCGAUGAAGACAAUUCUGAACAAAAUACCAAUAUCACGGAUGAAUCGGAUUUUGUCGUGGAUUCCAUCUUGGGAGCCUCGGGAGAUAGCAUGGCCAAAGCCAGGGCUUCCGUGGCGGCUUUUUGCCAUCUUUUGUCCGUUUGGAGCCAUGCCAGUUCACGAUUCUUCGAACAGCAAGAUACAAAGAGCCAAGAAGCCUUUUCGGAGAUUCUUUUCGCCGGAAUUGAUACAGCAACGGAAUUGGUGUCUCAUGGAUGCCUAGAUGGAGUGGAAAUUUGCAAUUUAGCCAGUGCCGACGAUUAUCACCCCUGCAUAAAUAUCUUUGCCCAGUCGAUUCUUGUGGCAGAUGUAACAUUGGAGAGAAGUGAACUCGCAGCAAUGAAGUUUCUUCUAUCGGCGGGUUGCCGCGUAAAACCUGGAGAAGACGCCCUUUUGCGUGGAACUCAUCUCUUGCAAACCAUUCGGAUGCUGUAUCACAUUUACCUGACCACCGAUUGCGAGGCCAAUCGAACAACGGCCAGAGCUGCUUUGCAGCAAUUGGUGACCAGCAUAUUUGCGAGACUGGUAAGGACCCAGGUGAACAUGGACAUGUCCACAUCGGCACCCUCCACGCCAGCAUCCAUCAGAAGUGAACCGUCGACUCCAAAUACACCAAACAACGGUUGCAACAGCAACAUAUUCCCGUCGGAAAAUCAUCGAGAUGCAUUUUUGGUCCUGCGUUCAAUCUGCAAACUGAGCAUGCGAAACAUGCCAGACCCCAGCAUGCACAGCCACAUUGGGUUGCAGACAAGUGGAAGCAACGCUAUGUGGGACGGUGACCAAGACGGAACGGAAAGCGAUGGAGUUGCAGGUGUUGCCGAGACACCGAGACCAAAGGAACAACCUCAUCUUGUUUUCACGGGAGCGAUCCAUCCAGCAAUGGAAUCAAAAGUCCUGGCGCUGGAAUUGCUUCAUUAUGUGUUGGAAAAUGUCAAAUUCACUCGCGAAUUUGUGCUGCGCAGUGGACCACAAUUUCACAGCGCUAUUCGUAAUUACCUCUGUGUUUCCCUGCUGAAAAACUGUACUUCGGAUAACUCCAGGGUGGUGCAUUUGAGUCUCCGAAUGUUUGCACUACUUGUGCGAAACUUUCGAGCCAUUUUGAAGAACGAAGUAGAGGCCUUUGUCACCAAUGUUUUCUUUGUCAUUUUGGAUUCCAAGAAUUCACCAAUUGAACAUAAGAGUCUGGUGGUGACCUUGUUUGAAGAAAUCUGUUCCGACCCCAACACGCUGGCAGAGAUCUUUCUCAAUUAUGAUUGUGACCUCAGCGCCGUCGAUCUAUUUCAUCGCAUUGUCAACACUCUUUCUCGCGUGGCACGAUCGGAUGCCGAAGAACCGAAGAGCGGGACAACGAUUGGCUUGGUUGCUGGUGCAGGAGCUGCUCGAGCGGAAAAAAUGAGAAAUGAACACCGCGAGCUCCGUCUGGAUGCAAUGCGAGCGUUGCGUCAGGUCUUGGCUAGUUUGCAUGCCUCGAUUGUGGAGCCCAUGGGCAACAGAAACAGUGCAAAUCUAGAGGCGCUUAGCGACGCCGUUGAUAACUUUCCACCGGAAGAAAUCAGUUCUGUGGCGUCGGCGGACAACUCUGUUGGGAGUGCUCCUGGGACACCAACCCGUGCUUCCAAGAAUGGAGAAUCGGGAAAACAAAGUCUCGUCGAAAUAUACGAUUCCAAGAAAAAGAGGCGACAAGAAGAAUCCGAGGCGGUUCUGCGAUUCAACCAGAAGCCUGCGGCGGGCAUCAAGUAUGCUGCAGAAUGCGGGCAUGUCGAUGGUGAUGAACCUUCAGAUAUCGCGCGGUAUUUGCUAGUCAACAAAGACAAAUUUGAAAAGACACAGAUUGGAGAAUAUCUGGGACGGGAGGCAGAAUACCAAGGUGGGAUGGCCUUGAAGGUGCUCAACGAAUACGUUAGAUUGAUGGAUUUUGUCGGCUUGCAGUUUGACGAUGCCAUCCGUUAUUACCUCAGUGGGUUCAGGCUACCAGGAGAGGCUCAAAAGAUUGACCGUAUCAUGGAGAAAUUUGCAGAACGCUACACGGAUCAGAAUCAAGAUAUCUUCCCGUCAGCUGAUGUCGCCUUCAUCCUUGCCUUUUCCAUCAUCAUGCUCAACACUGACCUUCACAACCCAGCAAUCAAGGAAGAACGUAGGAUGACGAGGGAUGGUUUUAUUCGAAACAACCGUGGUAUUUGUGACGGCCAAGAUUUGCCUGACGAGUUUCUGUAUGGCAUCUUCGAUCGCAUUAAGGCCAACCCGAUCAGUCUGAAGGAAGACGAUGAAGCACGGGAAAAGGCCGGCGAUGGAAAGAAAGCAGGCACGACUAAUCUUCCUUCGGCUUUGAGCCCGGCAAUUUUCUUCAGCAGUCAUUACGACGACAUGGAUAGAACACGCGAAACAAACUUUCAGAAAGAACGAGAUCACAUUGUAAGGACCACCGAAUCGCUGUUGAAGCGUCGGCGGCACAGCGCCCAUCAUCCCGCCGAGAAAAAGAGUGCCGCCUCGAGGUCUGGACACCACGGGAAACGGGCACACAGCAAAUUCGUUCGAACCGAAGAUAGCGGUCUUCGUGAUGAGUAUGUGUCUCCCAUGUUUGAAGUUACCUGGGGCCCAGCACUGGCUGCCUUUUCCACUGCAAUGGAAUCCGCAAACGGCACUGUUGGAGCACUGGAAAAUAUCGCCACUGACGAAGAGCUGGAGCUUGCCGCCGAGAAUGCGGCUGAAACAAUUGAAGUCUGUUUGACAGGAUUCAAACUUGCAAUCUGCACGGCAGGGUUGUGCGGUAACGAAAUCGCGCGAGACGCAUAUAUGCUUGCCCUCAGUAGGUUCUCUCAAUUGGGCACAGGUGUUCUAUUAGAACCCAGGCAUCUACGAUGCAUCCAAACAGUUCUCAGCUUGGGACGCGACGACGGGGAAUUGCUUGGAUCUACGUGGGAGCAUGUUUUCAAGGCUCUUGCCGAAAUCAACAGAUUCCAUCAACUCUUUCACUUGAUGGCAAGAAAUGACAGGGCGGCGGCUGCUGCAGCUGCACGUCGUCGCAAGCGGAUGGAAGAAAGAGCUGAACGGCAGCGCGAAAGAGAAACACAAUCUGUUGAUUCCUUGGAUGACAUGGACUCGUCGACCCGCAGUGGGAGCCAGUGGAGCCAAUCGGGGUCUUUGGCAGAAGAAGACCUCUUCUCUGAUGACGAGGACCUGUUCUUCGAUGAUGAAAUGGAUGGAAAGGCAAUCGACGAAGCAAAUGCUCGGGUUGUGUAUGAGGCUGUGUCGGAAUCGAUGAUCCAAGCAAUCUACGAACGGUCGUCUUCUUUAAGCACCAAAGGGGCUAAAGAGUUCAUCUUUGAGCUUUGCCGAGUCUCUCGAAUGGAGAUCUCCGUGAGUGGCUACGGCGGACAUGUAGGCAGCGACGCCAACACUGUGGAUUUGACAAAAGUACAAUAUCGACAACACCACUCGCUUCUGAGCAACAACACCAAUGGCGACCAGCAGUUUCAUCACAGCCAGCCCAACAUUUACAGCCUCCAGAAGCUAGUGGAAGCGACGCACUACAACAUGGAUUCAAGACCACGGCUCUUCUUCUCUGAGAUUUGGACAACUGUAUCAGGACACCUCACAAGCACUGCUUUGCAUUCAAACCCUGCUGUUGCCAUGUACGCUGUAGAUUCUUUCCGUCAGCUGAGCAUUCAAUUUCUUCAGCGCGGUGAAACCGAAGGAUUCGAAAACCAAAAACGAUUCCUCAAGCCGCUCGAGACUGUCAUGUCUCGAAGCGAGCAUGUUAGCACAAAGGAACUGUUGCUGAAGUGCGUGGAAAGAAUCGUCUUCAUGUUUGGAUGCGAUGACGUCGAAAGCGAAGUUGGCGGCCAUCGGAAAGGGAGUCUGAAAAGUGGAUGGGUGGCAAUAUUGAGAAUCAUUGGCAUUGCUGGCAGAGACGAGGACGAGAGUGUCGCAAAGAUGGGAUACGACAUGCUGAAAGAACAGCUAAGGAAGAGUGUAGAGAUUGAGCAGCGCGGAGAGCGAGCUGCCAACCCGCAAUCGUCUUCUAUUCUUGCCGAGCAUUUUGUGGAUGCAAUCGAUGCGUUGUUUGCGUACGUUGGAGGAGUCCACGAAGAACUGAGUGCUGCGGCCAUCGACGAGUUACUCUCUCUUUGCAAGUACCUCGGAGACGAAGGGAUGCCUCUGCCUCCUCUUAGACGAAAGACUUCUCAUCUUUCUGUGAACGGCGAUGGAGAACCAAACGGUGGCAAGGGCGGAGCCAAAGACUUCGAGCACUGGUGGCCGAUCUUGCUUGGUUUGUCGAGAUCAGUGGAUCACCCCAAUGUUGCAGUAAGGUCCAAAGCUCUCUCGGGCCUCUUGAAAAUCACGGAGCAAUACUUCUUGGCCAGAGGUGGCAAGGGCCCAGCAGCAGAAGAUCGAGUGCAGACACUGCGUUUGAUAUUCAGAGGGAUCUUGACACCGGUGUUGGAAUUCGCCGAGACCUCUUCAAAUACCAAGCCACCUCCACUGCCAGAUGACUUCGUCCGGCACCUCACAGGGGACAAGGCCGGCGAACCUGAACAAAGCAGUGGAGGGGACGUCGGCGAAGGGGGCUGGUUGGAAACUACCUUUGACGAGUUCAUGGAUGGUUGCGUCUCAAUCUGCUUGAAGUCAAUUUCAGUGUUCGAAGAUGAUUUACUGGCGGAAGAGAUCUUCGCCAUCUUGAACACAUGUUUGCUCUCGGAUUCGGGAGAGUUGGCUGUGCGAGGCCUGAAAAGGCUUGAAAAGUUUGUCGCGGAAGAGCUUGAUUCCAAGUACGUUACCGACAACACGUGGGCCACCGUCAGUCACAUGUUGCGACGGUGUUUGAACCUGAGAGGUCUACCAAAACUGAAGGACUCAACUUCGCGCGCAGGGAACGGAGAGGAAAGAAGCGAGCUCAAUGCUGAAAGCGAGCAUACCGAAGACGAAGAUGAUAUUCGAGAGUUUGUGAUGGAAGACAGCCUCCUUCCGGGGCGACGAUACGUUGGAAGCAACGUUGUCAUGGUGAUUGGGUCGUUUCUAAUGAAUGAACGUUUCGUCGGAGAAAUAUCCAUGAACUGGCGUUUGUUCCUUGUCACCGGCCUUGGUCGAGGUAUUCGAGACUGGGAACAAGCAGCCACCGUGAUCAGCCGUUUUGGUUCAAAAGCCUCAGAGACACGACCUGUACCGCCUGACUACCGUGAAACUGCAGUGUACGGACGAAAAUGGAUGUCUUCCAUCAUACUAUCGCUCGCACCCACGCAGAGUGUAGCAUACACUCCAGCACCGUCCGACCCCACAGCCAGUAUUGUUGCUGAAGCUCAAAAGGUUGUAAAAGAGCAGACCCAGAAACUUUUGUCUGCUUUCAUAGCCAAAGAGAACACAGCCUCCCAGAAAGGCGCCAGCCCCGAUGAUACUGUGCUGUAUGAAGUCAGCAGAGAUUUGGUGCUCGAGUUUUUGUCGGGAUUUGGAAAGAUGGAUUCUGCCAUUCUUCAUCACCUUGACUGGCUCAAUCCGGUGCUUCUGUCCUGGUGUACACGCUCGAAGCACAAACCUAUACAGCAAGCAGUGCACGACCUGCUUGAAAACACAUCGCCCGCGUCACCUCCAAAGAAGUAAUGCAUCGAAAUCACCGAAUGUUUGAAGAGGAAGCGUAAAGGCAGAUGCACACUAACAACUCCACAGCAGACAGGCCGCUCCUAGUUCGUAGCUAAAAGGUGGCUUUAGAAUAAGGCUACAGCAAGUGUAGCCUCGAUUUGUGACCAGUAGAAUCUGAACAUAGCAAUUGACAGUGUAGCUAAUUUACAGUUGACAUCGUUAGGGGUCGUCGACCUGCCCAAUCAUGAGUCGAGUCUCAUUCGAUGCAUUCACGAUAUGCAUUUUCGUUCACAGAGUAUCGGGAGCUAGAUCGUUUGAUGACGAUUUCUUGUUUCGACUAUUUCGGGCUGCUCCCGCAGCAUGAAGUACAGUCCAUCAGUGGCGUAGGCAUUGGUAGCGCGAGCUAGGACAUGUGGCCACAGGCCCUUGAAUGGGAGCUUCUUUUCUUCGUGGAGGACCCGGCGACCGGCCCUGGGAGAGGAGCUACACGUGAGUGGCAUACUGCCAUCAUGGUGGACAUGACACCCACUUUUCUUCACUUACCUGUUCAAGCGGGUCCAGUGUUGCAUAUCUUGAAACAGUUUGUCAACGGUUCGAUUACUUGGACCAGCAUUGAGUAGGUACAAAGAUUUGAGGUAUAGAUUCUGUGAGAGACCGGAAACAAUCGCAUCAAAGCCACUUUCACCAAAGAGAUUGAACUGAAUUUGCAAUGACAUCAGGCCCUUCCAUUUCGGCAAACUUUGCCCAAUGGCCACCGCUCCCUCGUCUCCAAAUCGAUUAAAUGGCAGAAUGAUUUCCUCCAACCGUGAGUUUGAUUCCAGGGCUCGUGCUAGAGCUGCGACACCAACAUCACCCAAAUGACAGCUUGCCAAUCGCAGCGAAGUCAGUGGGCAAGGCUUGCCAUUUUUUCCACGCAUUGUCAGCAAAGCACACAAGGCAUUUGUGCCCGUCGUGCCAAAGGGAUUUCCACUAAGGUUGAGUUUCCGUAGAGCACUUCCACUUGACGAUUCCAGCAAGCCUUUGCACAACCCUUUCACACCCUCACCUGCAAUCACUGCAUUCUCCAAUACGAGAUCGGUGAGGGUCUUGUUCAGACACAACAUGGCACCUAAAGCUACAGCGCCAUCAUUUCCCAGAAAAUUGUAGGAUAAAUCCACUCGUUGCAUGGACUCAUUGGUCUUGAGAACACUGGCCAAUUCGUGAACACCUCUUGGCCCAAAGCUGUUAUCUUUCAAGCAUAGUUCCUGGAGUGUCGAGUUUCCCUCUAACCCCUUGCGAGCGAGCAAAGUGAGGCCAUCGUCUCCAAUGUUGUUAUCUUCAAGGAUCACCUUUCUCAAAGAGCAAGCAGAAUGGAGGAUCUCAGCCAACGCACUGCAGCUGUCAUCUUCCAACGAAUUGCUGCGAACAUCGAGUACGUGCAAAAAAGGACAGGCGUGUCGGCAUCCUUGUUGUAGAUUUAGAAUACUCAGACCGGUGAGUUCACAUUCCACCAAUCGGAGUUCUUCCAAAUGAGGGUGCUGCUGCUGUUCUUGGUCGCCGCCAGGGCUUUGCGCGAGAAGCCAAUCAAUCGCAUGCGACGUACUCUCCACCACAGAUGGAGGAGCAGCAGUGAUAUCAACAUCGAGUCCGAUGGCGCUGCUGUCAAAUGCAACAUCCGCUAUUUCGCAGGCAAUGAUGCAUAGCUUCUUCAAGUUGACCAUUGACCCAAUGGCUAGAAUCAGAUUGCAAGCUGCAGAAGCUCGUGCCUUAGCCACAGCCUUGGCUUCGGCCUCUUCUUGCAUUUGCUUUGAAGUGUACCCCCUCUCCUCAUCAAAAGGUAUUGCCAAGUCAGUUUUUGGUAUAUUAUUGUCUUCGGUUGGGGGCGCUUCCUCUUCUGUCUCUGUAUCAGAUCCGUGGGAAGGUGCAGCGACAAGAAUCUGCAGCAACUCCAAAACUUGCAAUGCGUGGUUGGCUCUCAAUCCGGAACAGACGCAUUGCAAGGCACCAGUAUCCUCCCAUCGAAAUCCCUGCAAGGCAAAACGAUGCAUGGUAUUGUUGCGUUCCAGCAUGGAUUGUAGUUCUUUAGCACAAUGGAAUGGCAUGAUACUGGUCGUCUCGGCAGAUGCCGACAUUUCCCCCACCUGUAGAGUUUGCACGGAUCUGUUUGCAGCCAGUCCUCGAAAGACAGAGGCCAAAAUGAAAGAGCAGGAAGCAGAAAUACGAACAUCGACCAGGCUAGAAUUGUGGGCCAAAAUCGUCUCGAAAGGCGGUGGAAUCCAAUUCGUUCUGGUGACGUUUCUUCCCGGAAGCCCCAUAUGUUCAUUCUCGGCAAAUUCUUGAUCUUGCCGAUCGUCACCUUGAUGGAGACUCAUGUCAAAGGUACUCACAUGUGUGUUGAAUUGUAAAGAUUCAACCACGGCAAAAAUCUCCUCGUUGGUCACUUCCAUGAGAGGCAGCGACCGCAAUGAUAGAUGACGAAGCCGAGGGUCAUUAUUCUGGGCCUGUUUUACGAUUUGAGUAAUGAGGGGAUCCAUGGAAUCAGUGAUGGCAUUGAUGACCAACACAAAUCAAACGCCUUCUUGUGAGCUUGAAACAAUUGGGAUGGUGCUUCCUCAUUCGCAGCGACGUCUUUGUCUUGGUCGAAAAUGGUUGUUGUUUUCUUUUUUGAAGAGGAAGCCCCAAGAGCCAAAAUCAUCUCUGAGAAGUCGAAUGAGUCGAUGACGAGAGGGAAAUCUGUCACUUAGGGACUGCCUACUUAUGAGUCACACGAAUCGGAUUCUAAGUCUUUUGGUUUCCCCCUGAAUCUGGAGGUGCACCCGCGCGUGGGAAUUCUCGCUCCACAAUUCUCUCGGAGGGUUUUGCUGUCGGACCACGGCGGUCCGUACCAGGUACC